AUGGCUCAAUCAUCUCACUGUUACCUCCCCCGGUUUACUACCACGGUUGAUGGACCAAAACGACCGAUUUCGAUGAAGACGAAAUCAUCUGCUUCGCAAAAUGCGCAGUUAUUAACCGCCUGGCACGAGGGACGCUUGAAAUCGGUAUUGCAGGCCACUUGGGCACUGGUCCUGCAUUACUACCUCCGAACCGAGGACAUAUCCUUCGGCUACCAACAUAUCGACGGCGAUUCCUCUCCCUCCCGAAACCUUGUACAGCAGUCGACUGCUACCCCCAUUUCGACAAUUCGACUGGCGAUUGAUGAGAAUGACACGAUCAACAGAGUUGUGGAUAAAGUUCGCAAGGAGGAUGAGAGCAAUGCGCAGAUUGCUGGAGGAAUCGUGGAGGCUUCCGACGGCUUCUUGCCAUACAAUACCAUCCUGAUGUUGCGUACAUACCAAAAGACGUCGGAUCCGUCUUUUUCCCAACCAAUGUUGGCGAUUGCUCUACCAGAUCAGUGCCAAGUUCGUCUCCAUGUGAAGGUGUUGCGCCGGGAUAUCAACAUCUUUCUUGAGUGGCGGAAUGGGGACAUGUCUGGAGAGCAGAUGAAGAGUGUCUCCAAUAUCUUUGAAAACAUUCUGACCAAAGUGCUUUCUGCCGAGAACCCCGCUAUUACACAGCUUAAUUUGUUCUCGGAGAAUGACUGGCAGCGAAUUCAAAAGUGGAACUCCCACACACCUAAGCUUUACGACCGAUGCAUUCACGAAGCGAUUCACGAUCAGGCCGUAAGCGGGCCAGACCGCGAGGCUAUUUGUGCUUGGGAUGGAAGUCUAACUUAUGGCGAACUUGACAAACUCGCCUCGAAGUUGGCAUGUCACUUGCGUAUGCAGGGUGUUGGCCCUGAAGUUCGAGUGGGUUUGCUCUUCGAUAAAUCGAAAUGGAACGUUGUUGCGAUGCUCGCCGUCAUGAAGGCUGGCGGUGCUUUCGUCCCACUUGAUCCUACACAUCCAACCUCCCGCCUGCAGCGUCUGAUUGAAUCCGUUAAGGCGACGGUUGCGUUGUGCUCUGAGAACAGGGCCGAUGUUCUUCGACCUAUCGUGAAAACUUUAAUUCCUCUGUGCAGCGAGACUAUGGAUCGUUUGGCGGAUCCAGCUGCUGGGGUUGAUCUCGCAUCUGGUGUCACCAGCCAAAAUGCUGCGUACAUCUUGUUCACUUCCGGAUCCACGGGAGAGCCUAAGGGAACCCUGCUGGAACACCGCGCGUUCCUGUCUGGCGCUAUGGUUCACGGCCCCGGACUUCUCAUUUUCCGGGAUUCACGAUGUCUGCAUUUCGCAGCUCACACUUUUGACGCCAGCUUAUCGGAGUCAAUAACCCCACUAAUUCAUGGCGCCUGUGUCUGUAUCCCCAGCGAGGAGACACGGCUGAAUGAUAUAGUGGGUUUCAUCAAUAAAAUGCGAGUCACUCAGGCGUGCUUUACCCCGUCUUUCAUUGGCUUCAUUGACAUUGAAAGCGUACCUACAUUGGAAAGUCUUGUUUUAGCUGGAGAAGCAAUGUCCCAGUCUCAACUGGCGGUCUGGUCCAAAAUAAAACUGAUCAAUGGUUACGGGCCUACGGAAGCCAGUGUUGCGUCAGUGCUAAACACAGGGGUAACACCCGAGACAGACUGCAAAGAUAUUGGUUUACCUAUCGGCGUGAGAAUCUGGGUUGUUGAUCCUGAAAACCAUGAUGAACUGGUUCCUGUCGGCUGCCCAGGCGAACUUCUCCUGGAAGGUCCAACACUGGCUCGAUGCUACGUCAACAACCCGGAGAAAACAAACGAAUCUUUCAUUUACGACCCCGCCUGGACGAAGAUGGAUCGACGAGGAAUUACAAAUCGCAGAUUUUACAAGACUGGAGACCUGGUCAGGUACAAUUCGGACAGUGGUUCGCUCAACUAUGUUGGUCGGAAAGAUACGCAGGUUAAGGUGCAUGGACAGCGAAUUGAGCUGGGCGAGAUUGAGAACCAAUUAAUUCGGGAUUCAUUGGUAACCCAUUGCUCAGUUCUUUUCCCAAAGGCUGGUUUCUCAAAAGGCAGAUUAGCGGCUGUGAUUUCUUUCGCGGGAUUACUUGCGGAAGAGUCACAGACGGAGCUCGAGCCGCUGCGAUUGAUUCCUGCCUCCAGGAAGGCUGAAUUCAUCCCCACAAUUCGCGAACAAAUCUCUGCACGAUUGCCAACUUACAUGGUGCCAGCCGUUUGGUUCUGUGUUGAGUCUCUACCCAUGUUACCAUCCGGGAAACUUGAUCGGAAAGGCAUCGCGACGUGGGUUACCAGCAUGGAAAGCGAUCCAGAUAUUGGAAAGAUCAUCUCCAGUCCUUCACUUCGGGUGGAGGCAUAUCAGGCCUCAAACCAAACUGAGGAGGCUCUGGUCGCUGUCUACAGUCGUGUGCUUAAUCUUCCCGAAAGUCUUGUUAAUCUGAAUGAGAGCUUUCUGGCCCUGGGAGGUGAUUCUAUUGCAGCUAUGACCUGCAUUGGAUUAUGCAAGAAGCGGGGAAUUGGUCUUUCAGUCCAGGAUGUGCUUCGUAGCAGCUCAAUUCGCGACCUUGCCACGCGGGCGAAAGCCAUUGACCAUGGGACAACUUACCAGGAAUCUAUCGAUGAGCCUUUCAAUUUGUCUCCGAUCCAGGUUUUGCACUUUGGUCUGCGCAAAGAGGGUCAGGGGCACUUCAACCAAGGAAUCUUGACACGAUUGAACAAGCCCCUCGACGAAAAGACUCUACGCAAAGGUAUCGACAAGCUGGUGUCCAGACACUCGAUGCUGCGAUCCCGGUUUGACAACAGUGGCAAUGCUACCGCAUCCACUCAGAGAAUCACUCGUAAUGUGCAGGGUUCAUACCGCUGGCGGAUGCACACUGUUAACAACAUGGAGGAAAUCAAGCCACUGGUAGCGGAGAGCCAGUCUUGCAUCAACUGCUUCUCUGGUCCACUGCUGGCGGUAGACUACUUCUGCAUGGAGGACAGUAAUGAAUCUCACGUUCUGUCUAUGACUGCGCACCAUCUUGUUGUUGAUAUUGUCUCCUGGAAGAUCAUUCUCGAGGAUCUCGAAGAUCUGGUCCUCAACCCAAAUACUUCUGCAUCGGAUGCUGGUUCCCUCCCAUUCCAGACAUGGUGCCGCCUUCAGGAGGAGCAUUCAAAGUCCUUACUCACUGAGCGCAAGGCACCAACCAAGCCACUUCCAGCAAUUGACUUUGGUUACUGGGGUCUUCAAAACAGCGAGACUACCUACGGCGACGUUGACUGUGCCUCAUUCGAGAUUGAUGAGGCUCAUACUCAAUCUAUUCUUCUAGAAUGCCAUAAAGCGUUGGAAACCGAGCCCAUUGAUAUCUUCUUGGCAUCCAUGCUUCACUCUUUCGGUCAGUCGUUCAAUGAUCGAUCACUGCCGGUGAUAUAUAACGAGGGCCAUGGGCGUGAAGUGUGGGAUCCUUCCAUUGACAUCUCCCAUACUGUUGGAUGGUUCACAAUUCUGCACCCCAUCUUUGUCAAUGGGUAUACAGCCGAUAAUGCCAUGAACACACUUAUACAGGUCAAGGAUCUUCGUCGCCAGGUGUCUGACAAUGGUCGAUCGGAUUUCGCCAGUCGAGUCCUCAAGAUUGCUGGUCAGGACUGUGGUGAUUAUCCCCAUCCUUUCGAGAUGUCAUUCAACUACGUCGGUCAGCACCGUGAUCUCCAGCGAAAGGACGGUCUUUUCCAACUUGUUGAUCAGAUGGCUGGUGAGGCUGGACAGGGUAGUGACGCUGCCGAUUUCGGUCGUGACACUCCUCGAUUCGGUUUAUUCGAGAUCUCAGCUAUGGUUGUCGCUGGCAAGAUCCGGUUCACAUUUUCCUUCAACAAGUUCAUGCAGCAUCAGGAUAGUAUUCACAACUGGGUUUCCAACUGUCAAAAGCAAUUGGUUGCCAUGUCGGAUCAGCUCUCGACCAUGGCUCCUCGCCUUACCUUGAGCUCCUUCCCGAUGCUAUCCUUGGAUUACACAAGCCUGGACAAGUUGCUCACGCAGAAGCUACCUGCUCUUGGCAUCUCCUCUCCUCGUAUUGUUGAGGACAUUUAUCCUUGUUCUCGCAUGCAGCAGGGCAUUUUGCUGGGUCAGUCGCGGGAUAGUUCGUUUUAUGCUGUGCAUGAUACUUUCGAAAUCCAUGGCAGUGGAUCAACAGCUCCAAAUGUCGACCGCCUCGUUGAGGCCUGGAAGCAAGUUGUAUCUCAUCAUGCGAUGUUCCGAACGAUCUUCGUUGAGAACCUUACACCACGAGACCCAUUCUGUCAAGUGGUUCUGAAGGAAUACGAUGCUACUCCUGUCUUCCUCCAAUCAGCCGGUGAUAGUGAUGUGUUGGCCACCUUUGAUGCUCAGGAGCCCAAGAGCUACAAGGAUAAAACACCCGCAUACCGCUUCACGAUUUGUCAGACAUCCACGGAGAGACUGUUCUGUCGUAUUGAAUUGAGCCAUGCUGCUAUGGAUGGAAAUUCCAUUUCUAUCAUCCUUCGAGACCUGCAACUCGCAUAUGUUGGCAGACUGGAGGAAACCCGUCGACCGUUGUUCAAGGACUAUAUCCGUUUUCUCCAAGAUGCGCCUCAGACUGCUAGCAUGAACUAUUGGAGUUCUUACCUCUCGGAUGCCAAGCCCUGCGUCUUCCCAACCCUUCGCGAUGGUGAGAUGGGUCAGGAGAAGAGCCUUCGGUCUAUCCCAGUUAACUUCGUCUCCUUGACUCAGCUGCAAAGCGCUUGUGAAAAGCGUGGAAUCACCUUGUCCAAUGUCUUCAAUGCUGCCUGGGGUCUUACCCUUCGCCUGUUCUGUGGAUCCGACGAUGUCAGCUUUAGCUACAUGGCCUCUCUACGUGAUGUGACUGUUGACGGAAUCCAAACCGUUGUUGGUCCCGUCAUCAACCUCAUGAUAUGUCGCAUGAAGCUCUCUAGCGAUUCCCGUCUCAGCGAUGUCCUGAAGCAGAUUCAAGAUGAUUACAUGGAAAGCCUCCCUUUCCGUCACACCUCACUAAUCGACAUUCAACAUGCGUUGAAGCUGUCCGAUGUCAACCUGUUCAACUCGGGUGUGUCAUACCGUCGUCUUCCGGGCGUGAAGGACGCUAUCAGCAGCGAUAUUGAGUGUGUCGAGGUGGGUUCUAUCCACGAUCCUGCUGAGUUCCCUGUAUUCAUCAACAUUGAAGCUAUGGACACGAAGGCAAGAAUUGAUCUUAACUACUGGACUACGACUCUUUCCGAUGCUCAAGCUCUCAAUGUCGCAAAUACCUAUGUCAAGUGCUUGGAGACAAUCAUGACCCGAACUGACAGCCCACUCCGCGAACUCGAUUUGGUCAAUGAGCAGAACAAGUCCGACAUUCUCACUUGGAAUGGAAAGAUGCCCCAAGCCAUUCAGAAGUGUGCUCACAAGGUGGUUCAAGAGAUUGCUGCCAAGAAGCCUGAUGGUCUGGCAGUUACAUCUUGGGAUGGGUCUUUGACCUACUCUAAGCUUGAUCAGUACUCCUCGCGACUUGCCAGCUACCUCAUCACUUUCGGAGUCGGUCCCGGAAGCCUCAUUCCAACAUCGUUUAACAAGUCAGUCUGGAACAUUGUCUCUAUGCUCGCAAUUAUGAAGGCGGGAGGUGGUUGUAUUCCUGUGGACAGCCCUCAGACGAUGACACUCAUUAAAAAGUGGGUUGUUGAUAAUUCCGUCCAGGUCGCUCUAGCCUCGCCUGAAAGGGCCCAGGUACUCGAGGAGAGCAUUCCAUAUGUGGUUCCAGUCAGCGAGUCACUUCUUGAAUAUCUGAAUGAUGAGCCUCUUGCUUCCGCUGCCUCGCCCAGUGAUGCUGCUUAUGUUGCCUUCACAUCGGGUACUUCUCAAGCGUCCCGCGCUGUGAUUCUAGAGCAUUCCUCCAUCAUGACUAGGGCUGAGGCUUUCGCUUCAUCCGUUAAGAUCACGGAUGUGUCCAGAGUUCUUCAAUUCGCAGCUCAUACCAGCGACUCGUUUCUCCUCGAGGUUUUUGGUGCAUUUGUUCAUGGAGCAUGCGUUUGUAUCCCCGCCGAUGCGCAUCCCACAACCCUUGCCACAUCAAUUGAGACUCUUCACGCUAACGUUGCGUGUCUGACCCCGACUGUGGCGAGUUUCAUCAACCCCAAGGAUGUGCCCGGCCUGAAGACUCUCGCCAUGUUUGGCGAAAUAACGACCCAGGGCAAAAUCGAGACGUGGCAGGUCGAAGACCUCCAGCUGCACAAUCUCUAUGGAACAGCUGAAACAUCGUCAGCUUCAUUCCAAAUUCCCAUGCUGCCUGGGCUUGAGUCUACUAUGAUCGGAGCUGCUGUAUCCAGUGUGUCAUGGGUGGUUGACCCGUCGAAUUGCCACACCCUGGUACCGGUCGGCGCUGUUGGUGAACUCGUCCUUGAAGGGCCUGUUCUUGGUGCUAAUUACCUGGGACAAGAGCAAUCGGAGAGUUUCUUCCAAAAUCCAUCAUGGUUGGCUAAAAUGGACGGUCACUCUGAUGUGAAUGCACUCCAAUCUCGCAAGUUUUUCAAGACUGGAGAUUUGGUUCGGUACAAUGCCGAUGGCUCCCUUGUGUAUGUGGGUCCGAAGAACACAGACCGCGAUUAUGCUCCUUGUGCCGAUCGCCUCCUUGUUGAAGAAUGCAUCAACAACUUCUUCCGAUAUGGCCGUCGCUGUAUUGUCCAAUCAUUGCCUCUGGAUGGGGAGAGCCGCACCGUCGUUUUCGUGUGUGCUCCCGAAUCUACUAUCGCAGCAUCGGGUGACCGUGUCAUCCAGACCUCGGCGCCCGAGUUGAAGGCCACAAUUUCCGCCUUGCACAUCCAUUUGUGUACUAAGAUCUCCAGCGGAAAGAUUCCAAGUUUAUACAUCCCCAUCUCCGCGAUCCCACUUACUCCAUUUGGUAAGACCGACUUCCAGAGUUUGGCGGUUGAGAUUACCAAUCUCUCUACCACCAAUGUUCGUUCAUUUGAGAUCAAGAAUUGGACAGGAACGAAGGCUGGGAACAGAAUCUCGCACCAGUCUUUCUCCAAGACCAAUCUGGAUUUCUGGAAAGAGUACCUCGCGGAAAUCGAGCCAUGCAACUUCCCACUCCUCUCCCAGGAGCCUGGCAAGAAGGGUCGAUCCACUCGGACUCUCAACAAGCAGACCAUCCAAUUGCACGCAUUCAGUCGCAUGUAUGGUGUGUCUGUUGAAAAUCUUUUCCAGAUUGCUUGGGCCAUGGUUCUACGAUGCUACACGGCAAAUGACGAUGUUUGCUUUGGAUACUCAGCGUCCGAGACCGAUGACUCUGCCUCUGUGGCCAUUGCCCGCCUUAUGUUGAACAAUGAUCGCAACAUGAAUGAGGUUCUGCAGCAAACAAAGACCGACUUUUUAAAGAGCAGAGAGAAUUUCGCCGAGCUGACUGUUGUGAAACACCAGUUGGGCCUAGAUGAUACCGGCGUGUUCAACACUCUUCUCACCUAUCGCGCUGUCUCUUCUCUACCAGAGCGUCGAAUCCGUGACACUGCUACUUCCAAGCCGUACAAUGUUGCUGUUACUGCUCAGGUUUCCAAAUCUGUUGCUGAAAUUUUGUUCAGCUACUCUACUGAUACCUUAACCUCUGUACAAGUGACUCAUGUUAUCGAUACCUUUGACCAGAUUCUGAACGACAUGAUCUCCGUUGAUCCUCGAAAGCACACAAUUGGUAGCCUUGAUUUGAUGUCUCCGCGCUCUUGUCGCCAGAUUCGUGAUUGGAAUGCCACCAUGCCUCCACGAGUUGAGAAGUGCGCCGAUGAACUCAUCCAGCAGCAGGCUCUUUUGCAUCCCCGCGCUGAAGCCAUCUGUUCAUGGGACAAGAACUUUACCUAUGGACAACUGGAGAUUGUGUCCAGUCGGUUAGCCCGCUUCAUUACGGCGCUAGGUGUCAAGCCGGAAGUUUUCGUGGUCUUGUGCUUCGAGAAAUCCGCGUGGGCGAUCGUUGCGCAAUUGGCCGUCCUGAAAGCCGGUGGGGCGUUCGUUUCCAUCGACCCUUCCCAUCCUGAGUCUCGACUCAAGAUGUUGGUUGAUGAGAUUGGUGCCGAUUUGGUGCUCUGUUCAUCUGAUCUCCAGCCAAAGAUGGCCAGUCUUUGCAAGAAGGCAUUUGCAGUGUCGCAGAAAGGCGUCUCACAGCUUCCCGAAUCCCCUCUAGCUUUGCCAGGAAGUCGUCCGUCUCCUAGCAAUGCUGCCUAUGCUAUCUUCACAUCUGGAACGACUGGAAAGCCUAAGGCAACUGUUGUUGAGCACAUUGCCCUGAGCACGACUGCCAUUGCCAUGAUGGAUGCCCUCCAUAUGAACUCCGGCACGAGGGCCUUGCAGUUCUCUAACUACACCUUUGAUGUCAGUGUCCUUGAAAUCAUGAUGACCUUGAUGACGGGUGGCUGCGUUUGUGUCCCCAGUGAGGAGGAGCGCAUGAACAACCUGGGUGGUGCUAUUCGUCGCAUGGAAGCCAACUACAUGUCAUCUCCACCAGCCAUAGUCAACACUCUUGAGCCAAAGACUGUGCCGACUCUCAAGACUAUCAUCACUGGUGGUGAAAAGAUGCCCGCCCACCAUAUCGAUCGUUGGCACGACCGCUUUGUUAUCAAUGCCUAUGGUCCUUCAGAAGCCACUGUGGUUGCCACUGUUGGUGUGAAGGUUGACUGGGAUGGCAAUCGUGUCAAUGAUGAUCCCACCUCUAUCGGUACAGCGGCUAACUGCCGAGUCUGGAUUGUCGACCCCAAUAACUACAACCGCCUGCUUCCAGUUGGUGCAGUUGGUGAGAUGCUCCUGGAAGGUAGCAACAUUGCUCGUGAAUAUCUUGGCAACCCCGAGAAGACCAAAGCUGCCUUCGUUGAGGAUCCUGUCUGGAGUCACCACACCGGUCUGCAUGGAAUCUUCAAACGUAGCGACCGUAUGUACCGCACUGGCGAUCUAGUCCGUUACAACAGUGAUGGCACGCUCACGUUCAUCUCUCGCAAAGACACUCAGAUCAAGUUCAAUGGCCAGCGUAUUGAACUCGAGGAAAUUGAGCACCAGUGCAUUCGCUGCCUCCCCAACGGCUCGCAAGUCGCUGUUGACGUCGUUGUCCCUGGAGAGAAGACAGUCGCCAAAGCUCUUGCCGCAUUCUUCACUGUUCAUGAUGGCGACCUUGAUCAAGGUGGAGCCAAUGACCAAUUUGCUCCAACUGUUCCUGGCGCCGAUGCCCUUCUGUUGCCCAUCUCUGUAUCAAAUAUGGAUGCUGUCCAGAAGCUCAAGACAUCUCUUCCGGACCAUUUACCGCAGAGCAUGAUGCCCCGUCUUUUCUUUUCCCUCAGAAAUCUUCCAUUCACCUCUUCCGCCAAAAUCGAUCGCAGGCGACUGCGUGCCAUGGUGCAGAAUCUGUCCAAGAACACUCUCAAGUCAUACAUCACCUUCAACAAUGGCGAGCAGAGAAGCCAGGUAUCGGAUGAUGGUAUUGAGUCACAGCUUCGAAUGCUCUGGGAGAAGACCCUUGAUCUUGAGGAUGGAUCUGUUACAAAUGAAGACAGCUUCUUUGCACUCGGUGGCGAUUCAUUCUCCGCUAUGAACCUUGUUGGAGCUGCCCAGGCUCUCGGAAUCACUCUCACUGUUGCUGCGAUCUUCAAAGCCCCUGUCCUUCUUGAAAUGGCUAAGAUGUGCACUUCCUCCACAGAUGUUGUGGCCACAACCGAGCAGAAAUCACUCAACCCGUUCUCGUUGUUGCCGUCUGGUGUCGACCUUGAAGGUCUUAUUGAUGAGCUAAGUGACGGAUGCAUUGUUUCAAAAGACGCUAUCAUCGACGCAUAUCCCUGCAGUGCUGUCCAAGAGGGUCUCCUUACACUUUCUGUCAAGCAGAAUGGAGCAUAUGUUGCCCAGCCAGCCUUCCGUCUUGCCGACUCCACCGACCUUGAUCGUUUCAAGGCAGCUUGGGAACAGACCGUUGCUGAUCUUGAUAUUCUUCGUACUCGAAUCAUGCAUACGGAGGCUAUGAACUUCGCCCAGGUCAUUCUCAAGGAUGAUCCAAUCUCUUGGGUCCAUGCCGAAUCAUUCGCCGGAUUGCCAAAUGAUUCAAUUGAACUUCCUAAGUACAAUGGUGGAAGAUUAACCGGCUACGCCAUCGUUCAGCCCCCGGGUUCCUCGGCUCGCUACUUCGUUUGGUCUGUUCACCACGCCCUCUACGAUGGCUGGAGUAUUCCUCUUGUGUACCGCCGAUUCGAGGAAAACUACAAGGCCUCUUCCGCUAAGGAGCCAGCUACAUCUUACGGUCUCUUCAUCGAAUACCUCAAUAACAAUAAUAUGGCUGAAUCAGAUGCUUUCUGGACUUCUUACCUUGCGGAUAUCUCCAGCAUCCCCUUCCCACACAACAAGAAGGCCGUUCCCGAUGCUGUCCGUGCAGGAAACACGCAGCGUCACAGCAUCAAGGUUUCCCGACCGGCAAACAGCGUCAACUACACCAUCCCUGUGCUUCUGCGUGCUGCAUGGGGUAUUGUAGUCGCUGCUCAUACCGGGUCUGGAGAUGUCUGCUUCGGAGAGACCCUAUCUGGUCGCAACAUCGACUUGCCCGGAGUCGGUGACAUUGCGGGUCCCGUUCUGUCUACUGUUCCAACCCGCGUUCAAGUUGAUAACGAAAUGACUAUUGUCCAGUAUCUGGAGCGCAUGAAUCAGUCCACCACUGAUAUGAUUCCUCACCUCCACGCUGGUCUCCAACGAAUUCGUCAACUCAGUUCCCACACUGCGACCGGCUGCAACUUCCAGAACUUACUCGUCAUUCAACCCACAGAAGGUCAGCUGGAUGACAGUAUUUGGACUGACGAGAAGCGUGAAACCAGCGAAGACUUUUUCACCCAUCCUCUUGUUCUGGAGUGUGGUAUUUCCAAGACCGAAAUUGUCUUCACUGCCCAUCAUGAUGAGCUCGUUGUCAAUGGCUGGCAGACCCAGCGACUGAUCGAACAAUUCGGUCAUGUUCUCAAGCAUCUCAUGUCCGUUCCAAAGACCAGCAAUGACAAGCUCUCCCGUGUUGACAUCUCCAGCGCGGAAGACAAGGGCAUUAUCGCGGAAUGGAACAAUCGCACACCCCUGGCAAUUGAGAAGUGUGUCCAUGAGUUCAUUCGUGAGAAGUGCAUUGAGACUCCCAAUGCUCCUGCCGUCUGCGCUUGGGAUGGAGAACUUACGUACAAAGAGCUUUGGGACAUGGCGUCCGCUUUUGCUAAAUACCUUGUGUCUCGAGGAGUUGGCCCUGAAGUCUUUGUUCCGGUCUGCCUUGACAAGUCCGCCUGGGCUAUGGUUACCCUCGUCAGCAUCCUCAUUGCUGGUGGCGCAUACAUUCCCCUUGAUCCGCAUCAUCCAACCUCCCGCCACGAGGAAAUCUUGGCAGAUGUUGGAGCCAACAUGAUUCUUUGCAGUCCAAGCUAUAUCAGCAGGUAUACCAGAGUUGUGAAGACUGUUCUUGCCAUUAGCAAGGAAACUCUGAAAGCCUAUGGAUCGUUACAAUCUACAGUCCGAGCUGGUGCUCAGGUCACCCCAUCCAACAUGGCAUACGCGCUCUUCACCUCUGGCAGCACUGGUCGUGCCAAGGGUAUCAUUGUUGAGCAUCGCAACUGCGUCAGUAGUAUCUUGGCUUACGCUCCAGUUUGCUACAUGGACUCAACCUCGCGAGUCUUCCAGUUUGCAUCAUUGACCUUUGAUGCCGCUAUUCUUGAGACCCUGACUGUUCUCAUGAUUGGUGGUUGCAUCUGUGUUCCGAGUGAGGACGAGCGACUCAACGAUGUUUCUGGUGCCAUUCGGCGCAUGAAUGUGAAUUGGUCUUUCCUGACCCCUGCUAUUGCGAGCAUCAUCGAACCUUCGUCAGUCCCAUCAAUUAAAUACAUGGCUGUUGGUGGCGAGUUGGUAGCACAGGAAGUCAUUACGAAAUGGGUAAACUGCGUGAAAUUGAUGAUAGUCUACGGACCAACCGAGACUGUUGUCUUUGCCACCGUGGACACUGAAGUGACAUCUCACCGUGACCCAGCUCGCAUUGGUUACGGCAUUCCAAGCACACUUACCUGGAUCGUGGAUGCUGAAGACCAUAACAAACUUGCCCCUCUCGGCGCAGUUGGCGAACUCGCUUUGGAGGGUAUGUGUUUGGCUCGUGAAUACAUGAACAAUCCUGAAAAGAACGCAGAGUCAUUCAUUGAAAACCCAACUUGGGGGCAGAAGUUUAAGUCCCACCUCGCCGGCCCAAGGCGUAUCUACAAGACCGGUGAUCUCUGUUACUACAACACUGAUGGAUCUAUCCAGUACGUCAGUCGCAAGGACCACCAAGUCAAGGUUCAUGGCCAAAGAAUGGAACUUGGAGAGAUUGAACACCGAAUUGUCGCGAACACUCUCGUGCGUCAUGCUGUUGUGAUCUUGCCCAAGGCCGGCCCACUCCAGAAACGAUUGGUUACUGUGAUGUCCCUUAACAAGAUUUCGGCUGACAACAAGCUCAUUUCAGACAAGGCUUGCGAACUUAUUGAUGAUGAUGACUUUAACAAGGAUGGCCUUGCUGACCUGGUUGAGGUCCAAAAGAGUCUCGAAUCGCAGCUACCCAUCUACAUGGUUCCGCAGACUUGGGCUUUGAUCAAGAAACUUCCCAUGCUUGUUUCCGGAAAGCUUGAUCGGAAGAAGAUCACUGCUUGGCUUGAGAGUAUCGAUGAUGAUUCAUACGAGCGUAUUAUGCAAGCCUACGAUGCCAUGAAGCGUGGUCCGACCGAGAAGCCGCAGGAGCAAGAAGAAGACAGCUCUCUGAGGAUUAUCCGUGAAAUUUUUUCGCAGGUCCUCAACAUUUCUCUGUCCAAGGUUAACGUGGACCGCUCUUUUGUCAGCCUGGGCGGCGACAGCAUCACCGGCAUGGCAGUGAUUUCCAGGGCGCGCAAGCAGGGUCUUUGCGUCACCUUGAAUGACAUACUCCAAAGUCGAUCGGUGAAAGAGUUGGCGCAAGCUGCCACUGCUAAAGAUUCUGCUCCAUCCCAUCGCGAGGAGAAGGCUGGGGAAGGCUUCGGUCUAUCCCCUGUUCAAAAGAUUUACAUGAAUUGUUCGAGCUCAUUCAAGGGUGCGGCCCGCUUCAACCAGAGCAUCACGGUGCGCAUCUCGCGCAGGGUUGAAGGCGAGGUACUGCGCCGGGCUAUCAAGGCUGUCACAAGCCAACACUCUAUGUUCCGUGCCCGUUUCAACAAGGGCAAAGAUGGUAUUUGGCAACAGAAGGCGGUAGCGGAGGUCGAUGACUCCUAUCGCUUCCGGGUUCACUCCGUCAAUGACACUCGUGCAAUGGUUCCCAAGGUUGCCGACAGCCAAUCCUGUCUGGAUCCUAUCAAUGGUCCUAUCUUUGCUGCAGACCUCUUCAACUUGCGCACUGGUGGCCAGGUUUUGUUCUUGGUCGCCCAUCACCUAUGUGUUGACAUGGUCUCGUGGCGAAUCAUCCUCUCAGACCUCGAGGAGAUGAUUGUCUCUGGCUCUCUCUCCGAUGAGAAAGCACUUUCGUUCCAGAGCUGGUGUGUCAUGCAGCUUGAACGAGUCAAGGCCCAUGAUAUGGAGUUGGCUCUCCCAUUCACUCCAGAACCAUCCGAUCUAUCGUACUGGGGCAUGCAGGACUGCUCCAAUGUGUACGGGGACAUUAAGAUGGAGACUUUCAGCUUGACUGAAGCUGCGACUCAAUUUAUCCUGGAUGGAUGCCACUCAACCUUCGGCACAGAGCCCGUGGAUGUGCUGCUUGCAUGCAUUAUCAACUCCUUCCAUCAGGUUUUCGAUGAUCGCAAGGUGCCCACCAUUUACAACGAAGGGCAUGGUCGAGAGUCAUGGGAUUCCCGUGUAGACUUAUCCCGAACCGUCGGCUGGUUCACCACAAUGGCUCCCUUACUUAUUGAUGGGGCUCAAGAAAACAUCAAGAACAUCAUCAAGCGUGUCAAGGAUACCCGACGCAAGAUCGCAGACAAUGGUCGGCCUUACUUCGCUAAGAGUAUGCUCCAAGCUGGGAGCGAAGACUUCCAGGUUCCCUUGGAGAUCCUCUUCAACUAUCUCGGUAAGCUACAACAGCUUGAGCGUGAGGACUCCCUUUUCCUUCACCAGGGUAGUGUCUUCGACAGUUCGGAUUUCGCAGUCGCUGGCGACAUGGGUCCGCAGACCGUUCGAUUUGCCCUUUUUGAGGUCUCUGCGAUUGUUAUCAAGGAUCGACUCAACAUUGCAUUCACCUACAACCGCAACAUGCAACGCGAGGGUCAGAUCCGCCGAUGGAUUCUCCAAUGCAAGCAGACUUUGGAGAAGGACGUGCUCCAGCUCAAAAAUGCAACUCCCGAGCCCACUUUGAGCGACUACCCAUUGUUGCCAAUCAACUACCAGGGACUACAGAUCCUCACCAACAACACUUUCCGCAAGCUUGGCAUCCGAAGCAAGCACGAGGUUGAGGAUAUCUAUCCUUGCUCUCCUAUGCAGGAGGGUCUCCUGCUCAGUCAGCUCCGCGACCCCAGUGCCUACAUUUUCCAUACCGUCUUCGAAAUGAAGGACGCGCGAACUGACAAGGUUGACGCCGAGCGACUUGCCCGAUCUUGGCGCCUGCUCGUUGAUCGUCACCCUGUCCUCCGAACUGUCUUCAUUGAUAGCAGCUAUAGUGGUGGAUCUUUUGACCAGCUUGUUUUGAAGAAGAUCCCUGACAACGUCCUCCGCGUCGAAUGUGCCGAUGCCCAAGUUCAGGAGAAGCUUGAUGCAAUUUCCAUGCGCGAGCUGAAUUCUAUGCGACAAGCUAAAUUUUCAAAUCAAUUGACUGUUUGCAAGACUUCAAGCGGCCGAGUUGUCGUCAAGAUGGAGAUUAACCAUGCUAUCAUCGAUGGUGGUGGUGUGGAUGUGCUCCUGCGCGACCUGACUAUGGCGUAUGACCGCCGGCUCCCUGAUAGCCCCGGGCCAUGCUUCAGUGACUACAUCAAGUAUAUCAAGACCCAAAGCCAAGUCGAAGCACUCAAUCACUGGAAGCAGUACCUCAGUGGUGUCAACCCAUGCCACCUUUCCCAGACGAACGCCUCUCAGUCUAAGCGCGAGCUGAAGGGAAUUUUGAUGGACUUCAACCGAUACCCCGAGCUACUCAAAUUCUGCGAGAAAACAUCGGUCACCUUGGCGAACCUCACACUCUCAGCUUGGGCUAUUGUCCUCAAACAAUUCACCGGAUCUGACGAUGUCUGCUUUGGUUAUCUGUCUGCUGGUCGCGAUGCCCCUGUCAAUGGUAUCCAAGAUAUGGUUGGCAUCUUCAUCAACAUGCUUUGCUGCCGAGUCCAAUUCUCUCCUAAGCAAACUCUCACCGAUAUUUCCAAGCGAGUCAACGGAGACUAUGUUCGCAGCAUCCCUCACCAAAGCUGUUCGUUGGCUACUAUCCAGCAUGAGCUUGGAUCGCAGGGCCAGUCUCUGUUCAACACGACUUUGUCGAUUCAGAACCACGGAGCCUCUGGAACUAACAAGGAAAAGGGCUUGUCUUUUGAUCUUCAGCAUGCUCACGAUCCUAGUGAGUACGCGGUCACCGUCAAUGCGGAUAUUUCUCGUGGAGCUGAAGGCAUUAUGCUCCGAUACUGGAACGACAUGGUAUCGGAUGAGCAAGCCCAGUCUCUAGUUGACACCAUUGCAAAGGUGUUCACAGGAUUCAUCGAGGGUCCCAAUAUGACCAUCGCAUCAUCCAACUUCAACGUUGUGAAGACACCAGGUGCCGGUUGGGAUAAUCCCCAGGCGACUUUCCAAGAGAAGAUGCGAUCCAAUGCCGAUUCUCUGGAUGGCGCUGCUAUUCAGAAGAUUAUUGAUGAUCGUGUGCAUGAGAUUAUCGGUCAGAUGCUGAGGGAAGGCAAGUUGAUGGUUCCACAGUUUCAGACCUCCGGCCUGUCUAGCUAUGGUAACACUGAUGAUGGAAUCGACUCGCCUUACCCAUUGGAAGGAGCUCAAGGAGCGGAUGACUCGGGUGUUUGUUCAGCGACCUCGCGGUGCAGUGAGGAGGGUAUGUUGUCGGCGGAUGUGGAGCGAAGACUUUGGAAUCUUUGGAGCACUGCCCUGGGCCUGUCACCUAAUGUGGUCAGGUACCAGGACAGUUUCUUCAAACUUGGAGGUGACAGCAUCACUGCCAUGAAGAUGGUCAGUGCUGCUCGCGAGGAUGGUUUGGUUCUUACUGUUGCAGAUGUGUUCAACAAUCCCGUCUUUGAAGACAUGCUUGCUACUGUUCGGGCUUCCAAUGCGACACAGCAGAUUUUGGACGCUGAUCUCCAGCCCGCACACAAGGAGGUUGAGUCCUUCUCGGAUAGCAAGCCAACUACACUUGCACCAACUCCCUCAUCUGAAAGUAUUACUGUGCUGCGUCCUACAAAGCCAGUGGACGAUGCUUCGGUCCAAAGUGGCAUUUGCCCCAAGAUUGGUGUUUUCAAGGGAGGAAUUGCAGAUGUUCUUCCCGUGACUGACUUCCAAGCUAUGUCGUUGACUGCUACUCUAUUCCAGUCCCGCUGGAUGUUGAACUACUUUUUCUUGGAAGGAAGCGGUCCCUUGGAUCUGCGACGCCUUCGCGAGAGCUGCUUGAAGGUUGUCGAUGCAUUCGACAUCUUGCGUACAGUAUUUGUCUGUUUCCAUGACCAAUUCUUCCAGGUUGUGCUGCGCAAGAUCCGUCCAAGCAUCUUUGUCUAUGAGACUGAUAAGGGCCUCGAUGAGUUCACCAGCACCCUUCAGCAGCGCGACCGGGAGCAUGGUCCGCGUGAGGGUGAACAAUAUGUGCAGUUCUACGUUGUCAAGAAGAAGGGCAGCGAUCUCCACCGCAUUAUGAUCCGACUUUCCCACACUCAGUACGACGGUGUCUGUCUUUCUAAGAUCAUGUCGGCCAUCAAGCUUGGCUACGAGGGUAGCCCUCUUCCUCCUGUUACUCCUUAUGCCGGCUAUCUUCGUCAGCUUCCGGGAACUAUCGGUCCGGAUCAUUACGACCACUGGACCAACCUCCUCAAGGGCUCUCAAAUGACACAGGUGAUCCGCCGAAAGGGCACAUCCAUGUUCCAGAACAUUGGCGCAUUUACUGAGAUCCGCAAGACCAUCGAGGUCCCACCAACUGCUCUCGGAAAUGUCACUGUCGCAACAGUUAUGCAGGCUGCCUGGGCCCUGACUCUCGCCAAGCUGUCAGCUCAACAAGAUGUUGUCUUUGGUCUUACCAUUAGCGGUCGCAAUGCCACAGUUCCCGGCAUUGAAAACACGGUCGGACCCUGCGUAAACGUGAUCCCUGUCCGCGUCAAGUUCGACGAAAACUGGACUGGCCUUGAGCUGUUCCGAUACCUCCAAGACCAGCAGGUCUCCAAUAUGCCUUAUGAAUCCGUAGGAUUCCGUGAGAUCAUCAAGCAAUGCACCGAUUGGCCCGCCUGGACCUACUUCACUACAGCUGUCUUCCACCAGAACGUCGAUUACGAAGGCUCCCUGGAACUCGACACCACUAAGUACCGCAUGGGUGGUGCUGGUGUCAACGACAACUUUGCAGACCUUACCAUGGUUUCUCGCCCUGCGGAUGAGCACAAUCUCACUGUCACUCUUGGCUACUCCGAAAAGGGACCCGUCCUUCCCGACUUCGCCGAGAAAGUCCUCGACAUGGUUUGCGAGACUGCUCAAUCUCUUAUCGCAAACCCUUCAACUGCCCUUCCAUCCCCAAGCAUGUUGGUCUCUCUCCCUCCACAAGUCAUCGACGACCUCCCUCGUACCACAGACGAGCACUUCCUCAGCGCCCACCUCAAGUCACGCUCCAUCGCCGAGCUCCUUGUGCACUCGGAUAUCCUCUCCCGCUCUUGGAAUCAGGUCUUGCCUCCUCGUGAUUCAACCAAGACAGUUGACUCAGACGCAGCCGAGAAACCAUCUAACCAGGCUGCGUUCCAACUGGACGCAUCGUUCUUCGAUCUUGGAGGCGACAUCUUCAAUAUGGCGCAGCUCACUUGGCUUCUGGAGCAAGAGGGUCUUAAGGUCCGCCUUGAGGAUCUUCUCGAACAUCCCUCUUUCUUGGGUCAGAUGGCUGUUCUCGCGCUCCACAAUGCUAAGCAUCAGGAAGACUUCCCAGCCGAUUUUGCUACCGGUGCUGUUUCACCUGAUCCAUCUGUGAGAACUCGAUCUGAGAAGAAGAAGACUUGGGAGAAGGCUAUGAGUCUGGCGAGAAAGUUGACUCGUCGCAAUGGCAAUGGCAAUAGCAAUGGCAAUGGAAGCAUCGUGUCUAGUAAGGCUUGA